AUGGUCCAGCAGGACGAGGGCAUGGUGCUCGAGGCUGACGAUGAAAUGUCUCUCCUCUCCUCUACAGCAUCUCUCCGUUCCAGCAUUCUGAGCACGCGCGACGAAAAUGGCCGUCAGUACCACGGCUACAAGGACGGUAAAUACGUCUUGCCAAUUGACCAGGCGUAUGACAUGGUGGUGACCCUUGCUAAUGCCUUUGCACAGGAGGAGCUGUACCGCCAAGAGUACCAGUACAACCUGUGUCUAAACACCUUUGGGGGGUAUUCUUUCGCCCCCCUGAACACUGUCCAUCGUGUCUUGGACGUGGGGUGCGGACUAGGCUUCUGGGCUUGUGAGUUCACGGAGAAGCACCCAGAAGCUGAGAUCAUCGGGGUCGAUCUCUCGCCCAUCCAGCCGCAAUACAUACCCCAGAACGUCCAAUUCGAGAUUGAUGAUCUCGAAGAACCGUGGACGUUCACCUUCAAAUUUGACUACAUCCACUCCCUCAUGAUGACGGGUGCUUUCAGGGACUGGCCAGCCUUUUACCGCCAGGCUUAUGAGAACCUCAAUCAGGACGGCUGGCUCGAGAUCCAGGACAUAGACUUCCCGCUCGUCUGUGACGACGGCACGCUCCCCGACGACAGCCCGAUGAAGAGGUGGAGCGACCUCAUGCUCGAGGCCGGUGAGAGAUCCGGCUUCCACCUCAACACCUGCGGCAAGGCCGCCGAGAUGAUGAAGGACGCCGGCUUCGUGGACAUUGUGCGCAUCCCCUUCAAGUGGCCCAUGAACCGCUGGCCCAAGGACCCGCGGGCCAAGCAGAUCGGCGGCUGGGUCCUCGAGAACUUCACCCUCGGCGUCGAGACCAUCUGCCUGGCCCUCUUCACCCGCUUCAUGGGCUGGACCAAGGAGCAGGUCGUCGAGUUUGCCGACUCGGUGCGGGCCGACUUCCAGGACCACAACAAGCACACCUACUUCAACUUGUACGUGACGUACGGGCGAAAGCCUUGA